CUGCCCGCUGCUGGCCAGCACAGCUCGCCGUGCUGUUCUCUCGGUGCUCUUCGCCGUUCUGCUCCUCGCUGCCGCAACUCCGCCUGGCCCUGCGCCUGCGCUGCUGGUGCUGUCCUGCGCGCGCGCUUAGGGGAGAGGGAUCGACGCUCCACGCUGCGCGGCGAUGCCGGCGCUGCGCAGCCCGGCCGUGCAUGGCAGCAGCGCCGUCACUGACUGCGCUGCGUCGUCCAUCGCGGCCAUGCCUCGUGCUGCGCUGCCGCUGCCGCAACCGCACCGCCGCUGUGCGGCCUCUCUGCUGCCGCUCUACGCGCGCUGCACGCGACGUGGCGCCGGCGCUCGCGGCACGGCACGAGUCGAGCUGCCGCGUCCGUCCAGCCACAUACGCAGCCGCUCAGCAGCAGCAGCACGCAAGCUUGAGAACGCGGCCGCUGCUCCAUGCGGCGGUUGCGCCGCCAGAACGCUGCGAGAUGCACGCCGUGCAGGCCGGGGAGGCGAGAUGGCGCCGGCAUGCGGCUGCAGCACCAGCACGCAAGGGCGGCAAGCGCCCUUCCUCUGCCCGCUGCCGCGCGCCUCGUCCAUCUGCGCCGCGCUCCUCGCCCGCCGGCGCACCUCUUUCGACGCCGCUCGCUGCCUCCUGCACGCCGGCGCAGCUGAGCAAAGGCGGCACCUGCAGCUGCACGGCACGGAAAGCUCCGCCGGCUUUGCGCUUCAUGCGGCGGCUCGCGCGGUGCCGCCUUGCAGCCGCAGGAGCGUCGCGUGGUGCCGUCGGCGUGCCGAGCUCUGCUGUGCUGCUGCACCUCGUGCUCGCAGCCCCUAUCUGAGCUGUACCGCACCGAGGCAGAGUCUCGCACCGCAGAUCCUUGUCGCACGCCGUGUCGCACCCUCGCGGAUCGCGCAGGCGCAGGACAGGAGAUCGACAAUCGCCUCCGCACCUCGGCGAGCAAGCAUGCCUAGCGCCGGGCGAGCAGCCACGCCAGAGAGCAACACCGCUGUGCUGUGCUGCUGGAACGCCGUGCUUGAUGCUUGAGGGUGGAUGUCGUAAAGCACCAACGCUGAGCAUCUCGUUGAGAGAGCGAAGGGAUAUUCAGUUAGCCACGUGUGUCUUGGUGCCGCUCCCGAGGAGCCAAGGGUGAUUUCGGCAGCGGGUAUGCGGAGGAGUUCGACGCCGUUCAGCGCAUGCUCUCACUGGCAGCGCAGACUCGACUCUGGGGCCCGGCUGAAGCAAUAGCGAUGUAGAGGUUGCGCCUCUCUGAAUAAUGGAGGUGAAGUCUCUACUUCAGCGGCACUUGUAGUCUGUCGCUAGCCGCACCCGCGCUGGACGUCGGGAUGGGAGGGGGGGUGAGGCGGCGGCGCGGCGCUGUCGCACGGGAGGCGCCGGCGCCCGAGCGCG